UCAAGUAUGUCAGUCGUCAAAACCCGCCUCUUUCCACCCAAAAUAACAUGGAUGGAGAUGCCUGUGGUAUAAAAAGUAUUGUAGGAUAAACAUUCCUUUCUCUUAAAACCGCACCGCAAACCCGGGGGAGCAUUUAUUGAUGAGUUCAUAGAUGGCAGAGGAAGUGUUAUUAGCAGAAGAUGGGAAAUGUGUGGGGUCUCUCACCAAGUCGCUGCUGGCCGUGGCUUUCCUGGCCUCGUUCGGUAGCUCCAUGCUCUAUGGCUACAACCUGGCCGUCGUCAACUCUCCUGCAGAGUACAUCAAGGCAUUCUAUAACCAGACGAUGGUAGCAAGGAACGGGACGGGUCUGGACGACAAGACUCUUACGUUGUUCUACUCUGUCACCGUGUCUGUGUUUGCCAUCGGGGGCAUGGUGGGCAGCCUCACGGUGGGCAUACUAGUCACCAGAUUUGGAAGGAAAGGCACCCUGGUGAGAAUCACAUGUCUGGUGUUUAUAGGUGGAGCCUUCAUGGGCUUCAGCAGGACCUUCGGCUCUCCAGAGAUGAUCAUUGUUGGACGCUUCAUCACAGGGGUACACUCAGGUAUCUCUCUGAGUGUGGUGCCAAUGUAUCUUGGGGAGAUAGCACCUAAGAACCUGCGAGGCUUCCUGGGCCUCGUGCCUAGCAUCUUUAUCUGUCUAGGAGUCUUCAUCGCUCAGAUCCUGGGGCUACAUGAACUACUGGGAAAGGAAGAGCACUGGCCCCUCUUCCUGUCUCUGGUGGUGAUCCCCACAAUGUUCCAGCUAAUGCUGUUGCCAUGGUUCCCAGAGAGCCCGCGGUACCUGCUCAUAGAGAAGAGGAAUGUCCACGCCACCAUCACAGCUCUGAAGUGGUACCGGUCCAAAGUGAACAUCCAGGCAGAGAUCGAGGAGAUGCAGGAGGAGCAGCGGUCCAUGUCCUCGGUCCAGACCGUGUCGGUCAUCGGUCUGCUGAAGGACCGGAGCGUCCGCUGGCAGGUCAUCACUAUAGUGGUGGUCAAUAUCGGCAUGCAGCUGUCCGGUAUCGACGCGAUCUGGUUCUAUACCAACGCCAUCUUUGAGAACGCAGGUAUCCCAGUCCCUCAGAUCCAGUACACCACGGUUGGAACCGGAGCCAUCGAGGUUAUCGCUGGAUGCGUAGGGUGCUUCACCAUUGAACGGCUGGGCAGAAGACCUCUGAUGAUUGGUGGAUUCACCUUCAUGGGAAUUUGCUGUGCAGGGAUCACACUCUCCCUCAUGUUCCAGUCCCACUACAUCAGUGUUGCCUGUGUGGUGGGGAUCAUCGCUGGCUUCUGUAUAGGACCAGCUGGAGUGCCCUUCCUGAUUACAGCAGAGCUGUUUAAACAGUCCCAUCGUCCGGCUGCCUACACUGUGGCUGGAUGCCUCAACUGGCUGUCCAACUUCACCAUCGGCUUUGUCUUCCCCUUCCUACAGAUGUCGGCAGGGGCCUACUGCUACCUGGUGUUCUUUGGCGUGUGCACGGCCGUGGCGGCCUACGUCUUCUUCAUCGUCCCCGAGACCAAGAACAAGACAUUUGUGGAGAUCAGCCAGAUGUUCGCGGCCAGGAACGGCAUGCUGGAGGAGGAGAGCAGCGAACUGGGCGUCUUUAACAGCCUCAAACUGGCCAAGAUGAACGGCUACGGUGCCGUCGACCUGGAGUACGACGUGAUAGAGAAUAAAAAGUAGAGGAGGGGAAAGGGAGAGAGAGAGAGAGACAUCCGUAGUCUUAAAGUGUCUCUUCAUCUGUACUGAUCUGAAAACACCCCACUGGGCACAGACGUCAGUUAAACGUCUAUUUUUGAUUUCCAUUUAGUUGAGUUGUCAACUAAUGUGAAGUCAAUGUGAAAUCAACAUAAAAUGUCACCAUGAUAUUGGCUUUAGGUUAAAAGUUAGUUGAAAAAAAGACAAAAUCCCCUUUUUGCAAAUCCAAAUAGUUUCCCGCAUUGAUUCAACGUCAUCACACUGAAUAUAUUUGUUGAAAUGAUGUGGAAACAACCAGUUUUUGCCCAGUGGGACAGAGUAGGUGAAAGCAAUGUGGUGGAAUUGGUGGACUUUGCUUUCCCUUGCCCAGUUAGUGCAGACAACGGAAAAAAUCAUCUAUUUCGAUUCAUUGUUCAGUAUUUCAUUUCGUUCUUCUUCUGAAUCUGUGUUCAUGCGUUACAGACACCUGUGUCAGUCUACAAAACCUCUGAUGUAAGAGCUCUUGGUGUAACGGUUCUCUUUAGGUGAAGGAGAGUCGGACCAAAAUGCAGCGUGUAGAUUGCGAUCCAUGUUUAAUGAACAAACGUAAACAGGAAUAAAUACAAACACUACAAAACAAUAAACGUAACG